ACAUCAUAAGUCUGCGCCGCGCUCGUGCAUCUGUUGUGGCUCUGCUGAAGAAAGACCUGAUGCUGCAUGAAAUGGAAGAGAAAACUCAGUAUGAGGAACAUCCUGAUUUCAUAACUGGAGAAAAACCUUUUAUUUGCUCACAGACUGAAAUGUCCCAAAAUGAGGUGUCUUCUCAGAAGAGAGCCCAGAAGACCAGCUUCACCUGCCAGCAGUGUGGAAAGAGCUUCACGGCAACCGUUUCCAUGUACAUUCACACAACAGAUUAUUCUGGGAAGACCAGCUUCACCUGCCAGCAGUGUGGAAAGAGCUUCAAACAAAAAGAAAACCUUAAAGUCCACACGAGAAUCCACACCGGAGAGAAACCUUUCACCUGCCAGCAGUGUGGAAAGAGCUUCAAACAAAAAGAAAACCUUAAAGUCCACACGAGAAUCCACACCGGAGAGAAACCUUUCACCUGCCAGCAGUGUGGAAAGAGCUUCAAACAAAAAGAAAACCUUAAAGUCCACACGAGAAUCCACACCGGAGAGAAACCUUUCACCUGCCAGCAGUGUGGAAAGAGCUUCAAACAAAAAGAAAACCUUAAAGUCCACACGAGAAUCCACACCGGAGAGAAACCUUUCACCUGCCAGCAGUGUGGAAAGAGCUUCACUCAGAAAGUAAGCCUUACUCUUCAUAUGAAAGUCCACACCGGAGAGACCCCGUACUCCUGCCAACAGUGUGGACAUCGCUUCACUGAGAAAAGAAGCCUUGAAAUCCACUUGAGAAUUCACAGCGGAGAGAAGCCGUACUCCUGCAGAGUGUGUGGGAGACGCUUCAUUCGCAGAGAAGACCUGAAGAGCCACACGAGAGUGCACAGCGGAGAGAAGCCUCACACCUGCCCUCAGUGCGGAAAGAGCUUCACACAGAAAGGAAAUCUGUCCACUCACAUGAGAGUUCACAGCGGAGAGAAGCCCUUCGUUUGUGUUCAGUGUGGCAGCAGUUUCAGAAGUAAAGCUAACUUUAACUGCCACAUGAGGAAACACUCCUGAAACCUGCUGUGAAACCGUUCAUGGAUUCGGUACGCGUUGCAGUCUCAGCAAUGUCUGGUUUCCAGGGGGCUAUUCUUAACGUGGCAUUGGAAGUUUACUCAAGAACGCUCUACUAUUUGUUAAACACUUGACCAAUUCAAUAUGGAGUCAGUGUUGGCCUUGUACAGUAUUACAGUUAGUAGAUCUAAAAGGGUGAUUAACAGCUGUCCACCAUGUUAGUACGCAAAUGAGUGGUCUGAAAAUGAGCAUCGUAUUACUCGUGUUAAGACAUGUUACAUUACCAGACCAACAUAAAAGUCUGGUUAACGCGUUAAAAAAUAAAUAAUAGAAAUUCACACACUGAACAAUUGUAAACAGUGUUCUUUAAAACAUCUGUAACUCCUUAUAUAAUUUACUAAUCAAAUUAUACCACUUUAGAUUAGGGAACAUUAUUCACUACUAACUAGUUGCUUAUUAGCA